AUGACUGUAUCGGUAGAAGCGUCCGCUACAGAAGAAACGCAUCGCAAAGAAAAGGAUUUGUUGGAGCAUUUUGGGAAGUUUCAAUAUUUACAAUAUUUAUGGAUUUGUUUAACACUAUUCAUGGUUUCCAUGACACAUGUGAAUUAUGUGUUUGUUGCAGAAAAUAUCGAUUACAGAUGUCGAAUACCAAAAUGUGAAACUUCUAACUCGACCGUUGCAACACCGUCAUGGUGGCCAGAGGAUGUGGACUCGAAGUGCUAUAAGCCGAUACUGAAUAAAAAAAAUAUAUAUUCCACGAAUCUAACAUGCACCAAUGAUUCGUUCAGCAUGCAAAUAGAAGAUUGCUACGAUUGGAUUUAUGAAAACAACAAUUCUAUUGUUUCUGAGCUCAAUCUAGCGUGUCAGCCUUUUAAAGUUCAAAUGGUCGGAGGUAUUCACAACACCGGUAUGAUCAUUUCUAUGAUAUUUGCUGGAUGGAUAGCUGACAGAAUUGGAAGAAGACCGACUUUUAUAUUAUGUGGAGUAGGAGCUAGCAUUGGAGUUUUCAAGAUUCUCCUUAAAGAUUACUAUCCAUACUUAUUUAUAGAAUUAAUGGAAUCUAUCAUAAGUUCCGGUCUUUACACAGUUGGAGUCAUAUUAUUAGUUGAAAUUGGUGGACCAUCUCAAAGAGUAAUGGCGGGUAUCAUCUUCUCUUAUGCAGUUUACGUUGGUGAAAUCGUAUUUGCAAUUUUAGCCAUGACUUUACAAUACUGGAAAUGGCUGAUCUUGACCAUUUAUGCACCAAUGAUAUUAUUUAUUAGUUACUUUUUCUUACUAAAGGAAAGUCCAAGAUGGCAGAUACUCCAAGGAAAAAUGGAAGAAGCAAAGAGCACUUUGAAAAUAAUAGCAAAGACAAACAAGAUAGAUAUUGCCGAUAAAGAUCUUGAUGAUUGCACUGACGAGGAACUUCGCUCGCGGUUUGACGUCGGAGACCAAAAACAGAAGGAAAAUUUAAAAGCUAUAAUUUCUUCAAAAGAAAUUAUGACUCGUCUAGUAGUUGCUGCGUUUUGUUUUUUUGCCUCUAGUUUUCUUUAUUACGGAUCUUUGGUACACAGUGUACUGCUACCAGGCAGUAAAUACACUAAUUUUAUAUUAGCUGCAGCAUCGUCCUUUCCUGGAGAACUGAUCGCUUACUUCACUUUCAACAAAUAUGGGAGAAAAAUAACUUUACAGUGUGGAUAUGUAGUCUGUGCUGUUUUUCUAAUCGUUCAAAGCUAUACUCCUGAUUAUUUAACUUGGGUGAAGCUCUCAUUUUUUCUAAUUGGUAAAAUGGGAGUGGUGAUAUGUUUUACGGGUAUAUACACAUACAGUUUGGAACUAUUCCCAACCAGUGUUAGAGGAACGUUGCUGGGUUUCUGCAACACUACAGCAAGAGUUGGGAGUAUGUUUGCGCCUUUGACACCACUAUUGAUGACCGAGGUUGCGGCACUUCCAUCUAUCCUCUUCUCAGCAACUGCUGUCGUAGCUGGUGUGUUGUUAAUAUUUACACCAGAAACGAAGACUCUACCGAUGUUCGAUACCAUCGCCCAAAUCGAAUUACAUAAAGCGAACCAAUCGAAGAUAUGUACAAAAUUAUGA